AAUUUGCGCUACUUCGACCUCUUCAUUAUGAUUGUGAUCUGCGCUAGCAGUAUUGCUCUUGCUGCCGAAGACCCCGUGGCAGAAAACUCCACUAAGAAUAAGAUACUUGAGCACUUCGAUUACGCCUUCACUGGAGUCUUCACUGUGGAAAUGGUUCUGAAAGAAGUUUUGACACUUUCUCUCCAGCAUCUGUUUCUUGGUGAACUACAUGCUCCAGUUGAGUACAUCACCGUUAUUGACCUUGGAGUAGUUCUACAUCCAGGAGCCUAUUGCCGAGAUCCAUGGAAUAUUCUAGAUGCUAUUGUUGUAUUCUGUGCUCUUGUUGCCUUCACUAUGAAGCCCCUCGUGAAUCCCAUUGAGAGAGAGAGAGAGAUGAAUUUUCGUUUUAGGAAACCGGCAACUAGUGCAUCAGCCAAGAAUCUGAACACCAUAAAAUCGCUGCGGGUACUGCGUGUUUUGCGUCCUCUAAAAACCAUCAAAAGGGUGCCCAAAUUAAAGGCCGUCUUCGAUUGUGUCUUGAGUUCCUUACGGAACGUCCUCAACAUUCUCAUCGUCUUCGUGCUCUUCCAGUUCAUUUUCGCUGUUAUUGCUGUCCAGCUCUUCCAGGGUAAAUUUUUUUACUGCAACGAUGCCUCAAAACUCACGCCAGAGGAGUGCCAGGGCCAGUACUUUGACUUCAAUGCAGACGGCAUUCCCACAACAGUUUGGAGGGAGUGGAAAGCUCAUGGAUUCAAUUAUGAUAAUGUCUUUUACGCCAUGUUGACCUUAUUCACUGUAACAACUGGAGAGGGUUGGCCUGGAGUUCUGAAAAAUUCCAUGGACGCAACCCAUCAAAAUCAGGGACCAAUUGAAGAUUAUCAACAGCGAAUGGCCAUAUUCUACAUAACUUUCUUUGUAGUGUUCCCCUUCUUCUUUGUCAACAUCUUCGUUGCUCUCAUCAUCAUUACGUUCCAGAAACAGGGCGAGAACGAACUCAUGGAUUUAGAGCUGGACAAGAACCAAAAGCGUUGCGUGGACUUCGCCAUAAAUGCGCAUCCACUCUGUCGGUACAUGCCAAAAAACAAGCGUUCGUGGAAGUAUCGAAUAUGGCGGUUAGUGGUCUCGACGCCGUUUGAGUACUACAUUAUGGUUAUGAUUGCUCUCAACACUCUCAUCCUCAUGAUGAAGGUGAGAAAGAGCCCUUUUUUAGCAUCUAACACACACGUUUCAUCUUGUCCAAAGUCCACUAUUAUGCUCCACUUUGUAUGCCUAGUCAAACCUUCCUUGCCAGAAUAUUGCAGCACGAUUACUAGUGCUGGUGUUACUCUGAUUAUCAUCCAACUGUAA